AUGAAAGAGGAACCCGCUUACAAGAUUAUAGUAAUUGGUGAUGUGGGUGUAGGGAAGAGCAACAUCUCAUCGCGGUUCUGUGACAGCAUUUAUUACGAUGACAUUGUUCCAACGAUUGGCGUGGACUUCAAGUAUUGCCAUACCACAACUUUAGAAAAGCACGCGCGCACCAUAUUGCUUCAGAUUUGGGAUACCUCCGGGCAGGAUCGUUUUGUUUCACUCACGACGGCUUACUACCGCAACUGUCAUGGCGCACUGAUUUGCUUUGAUCUCACCAAUCGGAGCUCCUUUGAAGGGAUCGACGCGUGGUUUGAGCGCCUGAGGUCCCACUGCCCGGUACUUCCGCCCCUCAUCCUCGUGGGUUGCAAGUUAGACCUGGUGGAGUGCAGUGAACUUCAUAAAGAAGGGACAAGCUUAGGGAUUUGCAGGCAAGUGGAGAAAAGCGAGGCAGACGCAUGGGCAAAGCGACACGGUUGCUUGUGCUACUUCGAGACGAGCUCGAGAAAUAACACAAAUGUCUCCGAAGCUUUCCAACACCUGGGGACUUAUAUAGUGAAUAACACAACUCCAACUGUCGAGGGUCAUGGGGACAAGGCGAUAGGGAACAUCGUACGAUUAAACACAAGUACACAUACUAAAAAGAGGAAGUGGAGGUGCUGA